GCUCACCAACUGUAUAAAUACCCUACGCCUCUGCUUCUCCAAAAACCUCGAAUUCCAUCUUUCUCUCUUCUUCUUUCGACAUAUAUGUGGGUUGUUGGUGAUAGUUUAUCAUGAGCAACAUUCCCAAAUCCCUCACCGACUCUGCUUUAACCAUCUUCAAGCUCGCAAUCUCUGCCUCCGAUCCUUGGCCUUUUUCUGUGUUCUUAUAACAGACCUCGACAACUUAGAUUAGUUUAGUUUUAGGAGAAGCAAACCCGGCGAACUCAGACCGGUUCGACUUUUCUUUUCGUGUUUCAACCACGAUUGUCAAGACGAGGGCGGUUUCAUACUUUCUUGCCAAAAUGGGGCUCAUCGGCGGCGGCGGUGGUGACAAGAUUCACCACCACCACCACAACCAGCUGAGUUUUCAGUUUCUGAAGAAGGAAGCGACGGACAUCCCAAAAGGGUGUAUGGCGGUGAUGGUGGGCCAAGGCGAGGAGCAGCGAAGGUUUGUGAUUCCGGUGGUUCACAUCAACCACCCGCUCUUCAUUCAGCUGCUCAAUGAAGCCGAGAAGGAGUACGGUUUCGAUCACGACGGUCCGAUCACCAUCCCCUGCCAUGUGGAGGAGUUCCUCGCCGUUGAAGUGGUGAUUGUUAAGGAGAAGUCGGCGAUCAACGACGACCAGCACCACCACCAUCAUCACCAUGUGUGGUGUUUUAAGGCUUAAUAUAUAUGUGUGAUUUCAUACAUAGUUUGAUCUGUUAAUACUACGUCCUGCGGUUACUUUUUAUAUAUAUCUUCAGGACGAUAUUUCGUUUAGAAAUUUGAGGAUGAUGACGAAAAAUUAUGAUCAUUGAAGUAGGGGUUUUUAUUUUUGGUUUUAUUGCUUGAAGAUUUAUUCAUCAAUAAAAGAAAGGUUCUUGAUUUUGCUUUGC